AUGGGUUCUCGCGAACAAGACGACAACGAAGUCAAGGAUUUGAUUCACCAUAUAUCGAAAUGGCGCGUCGCAGCGGUGGAAGCUUCAGAUCCUGCUCCCGACGUCCAGUAUUUCGCGGUUUGGCUUCCGGAAGACAAGUGUUCAUGCAACGAAGGCUCGAGUCACGAUGCGUCUGGAGACACAUCGACUGUCGGUGCUUGUUGGCUCUUGUCCCUGAAGACCGCGUUCGAAGUCUUCAAGCUUGAGAAGAGGCUCAGGGAACCAAAUCAACUCCAGGAAGCGGGGUCAGACGCGUACAAAUGGCUCAGAGGGUUUUUACGAGAAAUGUUAGCACCCCAGAUGCGAACCAAUUGCGUGUCCUUGGACGAUUGGAAGGAGUUGCCAGAAUCACCAUGGGGAGAAGACUGGGAGAAGCUAUUCACGGAUGCCUCCCUCGAAGUCCUACCCGCAGUUCCUUUCGAACCGACCUUUGAAGAGAUUCUGGCCAUUGCUAGUGCUUCCCUGAACUGGGAGAUGCAGCACUCCAUCCCGAUGGGCGCAACACUGCUCAGGUUUGGAAAGGAGACUAUCCUCUACAUUCGUCUCCGAUACAACCAGACCCACUGGACGCAUCUUCUCUUCGACAUGCAUAGCAGGGAGACUGAAUGGGAAAUCCGCUCCGUUUCGUCUUGCUUUGUUUACCCGUCCGUUGGGGCUGUCGCGUCGUUUGUAACGGCCCUGGUAAAGCACUCCUCCGAGGGCAAGUCGAAUGCUGAUGGUAGUGCGAACCCACUGCUAUGGACGGCUCUCAACAUUCGCCCAAGCGACUCUGUGCCCUCAAACAUUGUUUCCGCCGACGAUAACAGUGGGCUCCAGAAUGGACAUAUCCCUUCGCCAUCCCCCGACGACCCCACACUGCCGAAAGACCCCAAGUGGGUAGAACCCCCAGCUCACUCCACCCCACCCAAAUCUCAACCAACCAUGGAAGACAGCAAGAAGGGAAAUCAUAUCCGCAAUCGGGUGUCGAAGCAACGGUUACAUAGUGAAUUCGGAUGGCAGAUGGCCUUGCAGAACCAAAGAUUGAAUCUACCUUAUACCAUCGUGGAGGAUGACCCGUCCAAAAGGAAGACAGCGCAAGAGGAACCCAAAGGGAAAACAGUACAAGAGAAACCACUACCUUCCAAGGAACCGAAGAAUUCCCCCAGCCCUCCCGCUAACGGCGCAGCAAACGGGGUCAAACCGACAGAAACGAAAUCAAGAACUCCAAAUUCUGUGGCGCCAAGAAGUUCCAACAUCUUGAAGAAGGAUAUUGGUUGGCAGUUGGCACUUCAAAACCUUGCUUCGGGUUCCGAAAUGCUGACUCCCCUGCAGCCUCCUGACUCAUCCGCCAAUGGCCUGCUAGGUGCGAAGAAGGCUGAUGACAAUAACACUUCCAAUGUCUCUGUGCAAACUUUAACUCGAGCCAAUGUUCAACUCCAGAAGCCAGUUCGGGACGAGUUCAGCUGGCAGCUGGGUCUUAUUGCUAAAUCGCUUACGUUCCCAUUGAACAAGCCUACCCAGGACGACCAUCUUGUUCAAUCGGAAUUCGGUGUGCUAUCCUCCACGACACUCCAGGAAGGGCCUUCGCAGCAACCUACAACAUACGAUGGGUCUAGCCCUGGUUGUGGGCCUUCGACACCCAUUGAAGCAACAGCGACCAAUCACUCGCCACGUGAAGUCAGGAGAGGGGAAGAGACAUUUACUUGCGAACACUGCUUUGGCGUCGUCCCUGUCGAAGGGAACCGGUUCCAUUUCCUAGGUUGCACCCAUUCGUUCUGCAAGGAUUGUGUUCGACGCCACCUUUUGGUGAAAAUGGAAGAGUCUACAUAUCCCCUGUUAUGCCCAGCGUGUGGACUCUAUGGCGUUGUUGACCUGGGCCGCGCUGACUUGGACUUGCUUAGGGAUGUUGAUCUAGGGCACGAGGAGGAACGGUACCUGCGACUGGAACGAGACUCACGGGGUUCUGUCACUUAUUCUUGCUUGAAGUAG